CGGAGAUCUGGGAUCUGACCUUACAAACACAAGAGAGAUGCAACUUAAACCCGUGCUACAGAAAACCGGUACUGUGGUCCGGAUUGUGAUCACCCACCUUUUUGCCAUGCUGGUUCUGGCAGUGAUGGUGUGGGCUUAUGUCAAGGGCUUCAAGCUGGCCAGUUCUUUGUUCAACAUUGUCUCUUUUGGAUUCUAUGGUCUCUUCCUGGCCUUCCAUGUCCUCCUCCAGAGUGUUUUUGCCUUUGUGGAGCACCGACGUAUGAAUGCACGGCAUGAACCCUGUAGUCACAGGAAAUCAAUUGGACUCACUAUCUCCGCCUACCAGGAAGACCCUGUCUAUCUGAAAGAGUGUCUUAAUUCCAUACGUAGUAUUAAGUAUCCACCUGAACUCCUGAAGAUCAUCAUGGUCGUGGAUGGCAACACAGAAGAUGACCGCUACAUGAUGGAGAUGUUCAGGGAGGUGUUUGCUGAUGAGAAUCCUGCCUGCUAUGUGUGGGACAACAAUUAUCACACUUGGGACCCCCACAAACAGACAAACGGUGAACCAGCAGGGGAUGCUGGCAUGGAAAUUAGAGGGGAAGAUCCUCAGAGAAAUGUGGUAGAAGAUUUGAUCAAUAGCAAAAGGUGUGUGUGCAUAAUGCAAAAGUGGGGCGGCAAGAGGGAAGUGAUGUACACGGCCUUCAAAGCAUUGGGGACAUCAGUGGAUUACGUCCAGGUGUGUGAUUCAGACACCAAAUUAGACCCAUUAGCUACAGUGGAACUGUGCAAGGUGUUGGAGAGCAAUGAAAAAUAUGGAGCAGUUGGGGGUGAUGUGAUGAUCCUCAAUUUGAAAGACUCCUACAUUAGUUUCAUGAGCAGUCUCAGAUACUGGAUGGCCUUUAAUGUUGAGAGAUCCUGCCAGUCUUUCUUCAACUGUGUGUCCUGCAUCAGCGGUCCCCUAGGUCUCUAUCGAAACGACCUCCUUCAGGAGUUUCUGGAGUCCUGGUACAACCAGAAGUUCCUGGGCACACACUGUACCUUUGGGGAUGAUCGACACCUCACAAAUCGUAUGCUGAGCCUGGGCUAUGCCACAAAGUACACGGCUCGAUCCAAGUGUUACACAGAGACUCCAGCCCAAUUUUUGCGAUGGCUGAACCAGCAGACCAGAUGGACCAAGUCUUACUUCCGUGAGUGGCUGUAUAAUGCAAUGUGGUGGCAUAAACACAGCCUAUGGAUGACCUAUGAAUCUAUUGUGUCUGGAGUCUUUCCAUUCUUUGUCACUGGGACUGUUAUUAAGCUGUUCUGGACUGGGACACUUUGGAACAUCCUUUGGGUCCUCUGCUGCAUUCAGAUCAUUGGCCUAGUCAAAGCUGCCUAUGCCUGUUUCCUCCGGAGGAGUGUAGUUAUGAUCUUCAUGUCAUUGUAUUCUGUGCUGUACAUGACCAGCCUUCUCCCUGCUAAGUAUUUUGCCAUCUUCACUAUGAACAAGAGCACCUGGGGCACCUCUGGCAGACGUAAGAUAGUGGGCAAUUAUGUCCCACUUAUUCCUCUUUCAUUGUGGGCGGCCAUUUUGUUGAGCGGGCUCGGGUACAGCAUAUACCGCGAGACCACCCAGAACUGGAAAUCAGAGGAGAAGCAAAUGGAGAUCAAGUUCUUGAUAUAUGGAUCUGUUGCCUAUAUCUGUUACUGGAUCUUCAUGAUAUUCCUGUAUUGGGUCUGGUUCCGGAGAUUAUUUCGGAAACGGUCCCAGACUUACAAUGUAAGUGUUUAG